UUUAUGUUUAUGAAAAUAAUGUUUCAUCAAUCUGACAUUGUAGUAAAUGAUACAGUUUUGUAAAGUUGGCGUUUGACUGGAGUGAGAAGGACUGUUUUAAACGUGACGACAGAAACAGCAGUGACUUUCACCCCUGUUAUGAACAAGAGCGAAGAGGCAGAGAGAGGAAGAAAUCCUCUCAGCCCAGGCAACAGCUACAAGAUAUGUUUACCAGAAUGGACAGCCAGCAGGUGGGGGGUUUACUGGAGGAGUGCCUCAGAGCAGCUAAGCAGUCCAACCAACCCACUGAGGCAGAGAGGCUCAACUACUGUAGCUGCAAAGACUCGCUGUGUGCAGAGCUUGCCUCUCUCCUGCAAGAGGCAAUGGAGAUGAAGUGGCCCUUUGUGCCGGAGAAGUGGCAGUACAAGCAGUCAAUCAGUGCCAGUGACAAGACCAACCUCAGUGACCUCAUCAGCAAACACCUGUCUCCACUGCUGGCUGUUCUGAAGGCCUCCAUCGUGGCUCACGAGGCAUGCACGGCGCUGGCAGUGGUCUUUUUAGUUGACCGUUUCCUUUACUGGACAGACGAGUCCAGCCGGUUGCUAAGGAUCACCAAGCUGCUCCACAGACGCCACCCCGACACCCCUGUGGCUCCCCAGCUGGUCAUACGGCAGGCCAGAGUCUACUUUAACUCUGGCAAACUGCAGAAGGCAGAGUACAUACUGAGCAGUCUGAUUAAUGACAGCGGGGCCACAGGUUGUUGGGUGUACCACAAUGAAAAUGACAGAGCUCUUGUGCAGGCUGUGAGUGUUCAAGUGCGUGGAAUGAUUUUACAAAAGCUCGGCCUGUGGCGCGAGGCUGCAGAGCUAAUCUGGGCCUCUCUGGUUGGCUACUACGCACUUCCUCAACCUGAUAAAAAGGGCAUUGGAACCUCUCUUGGCAUACUGGCCAACAUAUUGGUGUCUAUGAACGAUGAGGACUUCCACGCUUUUAGGACUAAUCCAGAUAUUGAUUUGUCUUUCCUCGGGGAUGGGAGUCAUCGUCUUCUUUCAGCAGCCCAGGCAGCUAAGAUGGCGGUGGUAUACAGCCAGUACACUUCACUCUAUGUGUUGACCAAUGUGGCAACUCAAGGGACCUGCUUGUUAUCGUACAGUUUCUCAGUGCAGUGCCCUGCCUCUGAAAGACAGUCUUUCCUCCUGCAGGCGAGAGAGGCAUUUGCAAUCGGCCUGCUCACUAAAGCAGAGGGCGAGCUGGUCACCAGCAAGCAGGAGCUUCACACCUUCCUCAAGGCUGCCUAUUCUCUCACUGUUGCUCACAAAUGGCUUGGCACUCCUCAGGAGGUUGUGGUACAGGCAACUCAUGCUUGCCAAAAAGCUUUAGCAAAUUUCUAUGACUACUGCAGUGCAGAUACUCAAGAUAAAGACGGCCUCUGUGCUGAAAUCAUGCACCUGGUCACCCAAGUCAAGCUUCUGUUGCAAGUAGAGCCUUUCCAUAAUUCAGAUAAGGGGUCAUUUAUCCCUGACAGCUACAAAAACAUUAAAGAUGCAAUGGUCAAGUUCACUCUGGAAGGUUUCUGUAAGGUGAUGCAGAGAUUCCAAAAGUAUCACGCAUCACUUUGUGAGGCAACUAACACAAACUGCGAGGGGACCGGUGAUGAGAUAGACGGGGCAAGGUUACCAGUAUGUAUUACUGCACUGGGGACGACCAUUGGUACACUCAACACAGAAUGUAGCACCGAAGCCUGCAGAGUGUCACUUAAAGGAGAGGAGCCACAACAGAGAGGUUCAAAGUCAUCUGCUGUGCGCCCACCUCAAAAGCCUGAACUGAGUAGCACUGUAGGAAGCACAGAUGACCUUGGCUCUUCAUGGCAGAACUUCUCCUUAAGUGUUUCAGGGUCUCCCAGGCCCAGCAGCAGUGGCUUCAUAGGAAGUAGUGCCGUUGAACGUGAGGUAAAUGCACGUAAUCAGAGCCUGCUGACCACUGAGGUUGAUGACAGGUCAGACAGCAUUCUGCAGUCUGCUGAUAAAAACGAGAAGCAAGACUUACGGGGUUGUAACCCUGGUGUCAGUUCCCAUGCAGUCCGGACAUCUGCAAUACCAGCCACUUCCUCCUCCAAUGCAAGUGGUGAUUCAGAGAAGUUUGAAGUGAUACAAGCUGGAAUAGAGACACUGGGCACUGAGGAGGACUGGAUGACCAACGUUGUUGAUGUGGCGCUGAAACCGUCAAUAGGCGAAGGAGCAGCGCAAUCCUUAUCCCAGCUAGCUCUCAAAACAUCCUCCAGCUCUCUUGGUGACAGUUUCGGUUCCCAGUCGUCAUGGGAGAAAAUCCCAGUUGACCUAAACUCCCACACAAACAGAACACCACAGCCAAGCAGCCAUUUAAAAGCAGGAACCAAAGGCCAAAGUAGCAAGUCACCAGAUUCCAAUGAGAGCUUCUUCCUCUUAGAAACACUUGAUUCUGAAAGCAGCGAUUCAGCUCAUGAUCCCACACACAAAAAACACACAUCUGGAUGGGACUCCAAACCUUUGCAGAGCCUUAAUGUUGACCCAAAUAUGGACACGGAAGUUGACUCAGUAUCUGUAAAACCUGAUGCCAAGAACUCUUUAGCAACCCCACACCCAAACCUUUCUCACUUAGUCCUAGAACAGUGUGCUUCCACUGAAACCUCCUCGGAGAGUUCAUUUGAGAUGCUGGAGGAGCAUCCGAGUGGACACCAGGGUAGUGAAGUUACAUUUUCAGAGAAAGUAAAUGGCCCCCAGAUGAAGAACCCCUGGUGCUACAGCUGUCUAGAGCACAGCACUGCAGCGGGUGUCAUCCCUGAUGGUCAGUAUUUGUUGUCAAAGCAGGAUUACCAAGCCCUACUGGCUGGAGUUUGCCAUGAAUGUCUGCUGAAGAGACUGUGCAAUGACAAGAUACAAUUCAAACUAGAGGCACACAAAACUGCCUACAGUGCUCUUCAUUUAAAGUUCUCCAAAGCCACAGGACUGUGGACAGCAAGGGAGACCUGUGUUUACAUCGGAGAGCCGAUGGGGGUGCAGGGCAAGCAGAGAGAGGCAAUAUGGGUGCAGUUUUUACACCAGGAGGAGAGGUUAAGCAGUUAUGUGGGGAAAGAUUACUUGGAGCCAAAGGAGAUCCAGUUCCACCUGAAAGAUGUGGAGAGACAGAUGACAGCCCAGUACUAUGUGACUGAAUUCAACAAGAGUCUUUACGACAAGGAAGUCAUGGCUCAGAUCUUCUUCAUUCCCUCAGAAGCUCUACUUAUUCUGAAUGGAAAUGAGAUUGUGGGGUGUGUAACAGUGGAACCCUACAUGCUUGGAGACUUUGUCAAACUGACCAACAACACUUGGAAGAAGGACAAGAGUUUCCAGGCUACAGAAUAUGGCCUUGCCUUUGGACACUUCACCUACCUGCUCUCUGACUGCCAGGAAGUGGUUGUUGACCUGCAAGGGUGGGUGACAGCCAAUGGCAAAGGGCUGACCUACCUCACUGACCCCCAGAUUCACUCCACCAAGACCCCCAGAGGCCCCUCCAACUUUGCCGCCAGAGGUCUCAGGAUCUUCCUGGAGCAGCAGCAUGGACCAGAGUGCAAUGACAUUUGCCAGCUGCUCAAACUACCUCCAGUUGUCAGACAGUCGUAUGUUCUACCUUAGAAAGUUUGAGGAGUUGUUGAGUGUUUGCACUCUCAAAUAUGUGAAAACUUGACAUAUUUUUAGCUUAGAAAAUAUAUGAGAAUAUGCAUUUGAUUAACCUUCCUGACAGGUUUACUGUAUUUUUCAUGUACAACUAAUAUAGAUUGUGUAUUUUUAGCAUUUUUAAUGCAGGGCUCCCACAUAUUUUCAUUGACAAGACUAUUCCAUGAUUUCUUUGGGAGCCAUAAUAAAAUGUCCAAAACUGUUCACAACAUAUAACACAAGCAGAAUUGUAAAGUAUACUUUACUCCCAA